AUGUCUAAGAUCGCAUCCACGUUUUCGCGCCUCGUGCGCUUCAUUCCGAGAUCCAAUCCUUCAAAGAUCUUGAUCGGUGAGCCGGUAGACCACCAGGUGGAUGUCGGUCUGGCCGUCUACCAGGGCAAGGAAGUCUCCGUGCGACCCUUCACGGGCACAUCGGUUCUCAAUCCUGGGCAAAAGACGGAUGCGACAGAGACAAUAGAUCGCGUUCUUUCCCCAUUGGCGCAGAGCGAAGUUGGAUCGAUUCGAUGCAUUGGUUUGAAUUAUGUAUCCCACGCCGCAGAGAUGAAGCUGGAUAUUCCCAAUGUACCGACCCUCUUCAUGAAGCCGUCAACAGCGCUUGCAGACCCGUGGCCGGCUCCCACCAUUCUACCGAAGAUCACGCAAGUUGACAACACGGGCGACUACGAGUCCGAGAUGGUCAUCGUCAUCGGUCGUGAUGCGAAAGACGUCAGCGAAGCGGAUGCUUUGGACUAUGUACUGGGUUAUACUGCCGCCAAUGACAUCUCCAGUCGAACAUCGCAAACGAACCAGAGUCAAUGGUCGUUCUCCAAAGGAUUCGAUACCGCGUGUCCUAUCGGACCUGCCCUUGUCUCUUCAGCGCUGGUCCCUGAUGCUAGCAAGUUCCAGAUCCGCGGCCUGAAGAAUGGGAAGGUCAUGCAAGAUUGCCCUCUAACUGACUUGAUUUUCAACGUACCCCAAUUGAUCAGCUUUCUGUCCCAAGGAACGACUUUGCCUGCCGGCACUAUCAUCCUGACUGGCACUCCUCCAGGCGUGGGAGCCGCCAAGAAUCCCAAGGAGUUCUUGACAGCUGGUGAUGAAUUCGCUGUGGAACUACUCCCUCAUGUUGGAACAUUGGUUACGAAGAUGGAGCACCAGAAAUGA